ACGUGUGCGAUGCCAUCCCACAUGGCGGCGCUCUUGAAGAGGUUCCUGAAGUUUGGGAGGCCCUCGACUGCCUUAGGCAGUGGGCUGGCACGGCGCAAGGCGACCCUGGGAACAAGUCCCGGGGCUGCGGUGAGAGUACGGUUCGCCCCGAGCCCCACAGGCUUCUUACAUCUGGGUGGCCUCCGCACUGCCCUGUACAACUACAUCUUUGCCAAGAAACACCAGGGAAGCUUCAUCCUGAGGCUGGAGGACACAGAUCAGACCCGCCUUGUGCCUGGGGCAGCAGAGAAUAUUGAAGACAUGCUGGAGUGGGCAGGUAUCCCCCCUGAUGAGAGCCCCCGCCGAGGAGGUCCUGCUGGGCCCUACCAGCAGUCUCAGCGACUGGAGCUAUAUGCCCAGGCCACAGAAGCACUGCUGAAGACUGGAGCUGCUUACCCCUGUUUCUGUUCACCCCAGAGGCUGGAGCUCCUGAAGAAGGAGGCCCUACGAAACCGCCAGACGCCUCGGUAUGACAAUCGGUGCCGGAACCUGAGCCAGAAGCAGGUGGCCCAGAAGCUGGCCAAGGAUCCUAAGCCUGCUAUCCGCUUUCGCCUGGAAGAGGCAGCGCCAGCCUUCCAGGACCUGGUAUAUGGCUGGAAUCGACAUGAAGUGGCCAGUGUGGAAGGAGACCCAGUCAUUCUGAAGAGUGACGGCUUCCCCACAUACCACCUGGCUUGUGUGGUAGACGACCACCACAUGGGCAUCAGCCAUGUGCUGCGGGGUUCUGAGUGGCUUGUCUCCACCUCCAAGCACCUGCUUCUCUACCAAGCCCUGGGCUGGCAGCCACCUCAGUUUGCCCACCUCCCCCUACUUCUCAACAGGGAUGGCAGCAAGCUGUCCAAGCGGCAGGGGGACAUUUUCCUGAAGCACUUUGCCACUGUUGGCUUCUUGCCUGAUGCUCUCCUGGAUAUCAUCACCAACUGUGGCUCAGGGUUUGCAGAGAAGCAGAUGGGCCGGACUCUGCCGGAGCUGAUAACACAGUUCAACCUGAUGCGGGUCACCUGCCACUCAGCUCUGCUGGACCUGGAGAAGCUCCCAGAAUUCAACAGGCUGCACCUCCAGCGGCUGGUGAGCAGUGAGACCCAGAGGCACCAGCUGGUGAGGACACUGCAGGCCCUCGUGGAGGAGGCGUUCGGGAGCCAGCUGCAGGACAGAGACAUCCUCGACCCAGCCUAUAUGGAGAGGGUCCUCCUGCUAAGACAGGGCCACAUUUGCCGCCUGCAGGAUUUAGUCUCUCCAGCAUACUCCUACCUGUGGACUCGCCCUGCUGUGGAUCGAGCACAGCUGAGCGCCAUCUCAGAGAAUGUGGAUGUGAUUGCCAAGCGCAUGCUGGGACUUUUAGAAAGAUCUUCUACGAGCUUAACUCAAGAAGUGCUGAGUGGAGAAUUGAAGAAGUUGUCAGAAGGCCUGGAAGGCACCAAGCACAGUAACAUAAUGAAGCUCCUUCGACUGGCCCUCAGUGGACAGACGCAAGGACCUCCUGUUGCUGAGAUGAUGGUGUCCUUGGGACCAAAGGAAGUGCGGGAACGAAUCCAGAAGGUGCUUUCCAGCUAGAGAGAGGAUGUGCAGGAUGGUGCAUAUGGCCCUAGGAAUCUGCGCCCUUGAGAACUGUCUCCAGAGAAGAGAAGGAGGCCUGAGGCCCAGGAAGAAGCUCACAGAAGGAACUAAGCAUGGAAACAGAAUUUGACUACACACUGCAUAUGUAGGGCUCCACAGUGGGCCUGGCCUUGACACUUGGCUAGUAAAGCCCAACCUAUCUCCCCUCCUUGACUCUGGAAGGAAGGCCUGCUGUCUGUUUUUUGAGACAGUCUCACUAGUCACCUGGGGUUGAGUGCCAUGGCA